AGUGCUGUUUUGUUGGGAGACUCUGGGUAUGGUAUAGCUCCUUGGCUCAUGACUCCUUUUAGGAUUGCAGAAACAGCAUAACAAAGAUCAUACAAUCGGCUGUUUACGAGAGAGCGAGUUAUAAUGGAGAGAUGUUUCGGGCAACUAAAACAGCGUUUUCCCAUUCUACAUAACAAAAUACGCAUCGAUACAGAAAAAGUGCCCUCCCUUGUCAUGAGCUGUUUGAUCUUGCAUAAUGUGGCUAAGCACCUUAAUGAUGAAGAUUUUGCUGUUGAUUGGGUCCGGCUUUCAUUGUGGCUGUUGGAGUGUAAUCAACGCUUUUUUGUGGGCAACCUGCCACAACAGCACCUAAAAUUUAAAAUAUAUGCUAUUUAUAUUUAUUGACAUGUAUAUAUAUUAUACUCAAUCACAUAUUAUACCU